GUGUAUCCUAACAAAAACCAUCAUAUCUCAUUGGAAAGGAGGCAGGUAACUUACAAAUGAAUGAAUGGGGAUGGUGGGGUCAAAGAUGAUAUCAAAAGAUUACCCCACAAUUCAACGACCAUAUCAUAUCCAUUAGAUUACUUUACAACUCGACAACACUCAACAUCAAAUCAAUUGCAGACCAUCACAAAUAACAAAUCCCAUAAACAAACAUGACACCCACAGCCAUCAAGACCCCCCGCUUCAAACUAAUAUUUUUCGUGCCCCCAUCCGGCCUCGCAGCCUGCAAAACCGCCAUCUUCGCCGCCGGAGCAGGACGCUAUCCCGGCCCUGGAAAUUAUACCGAAUGCUGCUGGACAACCAUAGGCAGUGCACAAUUCCGACCAGGCGAUAGCGCAAAUCCGAAUAUAGGGAGUGUGGGCACUUUGGAAGAGGUGCAAGAGGUUAGGUUUGAAACUUUAUGUGUGGGUGAGGAGACGAUUAGAAAUGCUGUUGAGGCUUUGAAGAAGCAAGUUUGAUUUUCUUAUUUUGUUCUGUGGUUAGGUACUUUUUGUCUCUAAUUAUUGCGUUUUUUAGAGUACAUCCGUAUGAGGAACCGGCUUAUGAGGUUUAUAAGCUGGAGGAUUAUUGAAUUGGUGGAGUAGGUGAUAUUGUCAUUGUUGGAGAGAGGAGUGCAAGGGAUAGAAAACAAUGUAGUGCGUGCUGCUGGCAAUGUAAAGUAUAGUUUCUAUGAUCUUGGUAUGAAUAUGAGGACUAGUGGAGAGUAACUACGUUCAAAGAAUCAUUUCCUGAUCCUCGAUUUGGAAUUAGUCACAAGAUAUACAAUUUCACUUUGA